AUCUUUAGCUGCGUUUCAAUUAGAUCAAUUACAGCCACAUUGUUUUACUAUGUUUUAAUUUUUGAUUGUUGUUUUUCUCUUACUACUCCACAAGAAGCACCUGUAAUGUUACCAGAUAUAAUAUGUAACAACAAAUAUCAAAGAAAAGAAAAGUUAGGAAGCGGAUCAUUUGGUACAAUCUAUAAAGUCAUUGAAAUAAAAACAAAUCGCGUCUACGCCGCAAAAGCAGAACUUAAAAGAGGACCAUACCAGCAAAUAAAAGAAGAAAGAGACAUAUACCGCGGACUUCCACCAAACCCAAAAGGCUUCCUUGAGCUACAUGAAUAUUUCUCUACAGUCGAAUCUAGUUAUAGAUGCUUAAUCCUAACACUUGUUGAUAAAAACUUGGAAUCUGUACUUCAUGCUGUACCUCAUAAGAAAUUUAAACUGAAGAGUGUUCUUAUGCUGGGCAUUCAACUGAUCGAUCGUGUUGAAACACUGCAUAAUGCUGGUUUUGUUCAUCGUGACAUUAAGCCUGAUAAUCUUGCAAUGGGUCUAGACGAUGAAUCAUCCACUCUGUAUAUGCUUGACUUGGGUCUCGGUAAACGAUACAUGCAGGGAAACCGCCAUAUUUCUAUGAGACAUGAUAAAAGCCUUACCGGUACUGCAAGAUAUGCAAGUAUGAAUUCACAUAGAGGAUAUGAACUUUCUCGUCGAGAUGACAUGGAAUCAAUUGCUUAUGUUCUUAUUUAUAUGUUAAGAGGAAAUCUUCCUUGGCAGGGUUUCCAUACAAAUUGCGAGCUGACCAAGUAUAGACAGAUAUACCAGUCAAAAAAACAGACAUCAAUGCAGUCAUUAUGCAGAGGAUUUGAACCUGAAAUUGGUGAAUUUCUUGAAUAUACUCGAAAACUUGAAUUUGAAGAGAAACCUGACUAUGAAGGAUGGCGUCAAAAGUUUAGGGCAGUUAUGGAGCGCAAAAAAUAUGACUUUGACUACAUUUAUUGCUGGACUUUACCUACCGACAAGGCUUACAGAGACAAGGAAGAAGCAAAGGCCAAGGCACAAGCCGAAGCAAAGAGAUUAAGGGAAAUGAGAGCAAGAAAACUAGCAGCAGAAAAGAGAAGAAGAGACAAAUUGAAGAAAAGAAGAGUUUGGGCACCUAAUUACAAUGAUAAUAUCUUCCCUUCAAAAAUGCCUUUAGAUCAGCGCCGUGCACUUGUAUUACAACAAAUGCAAAGAGGACCUCUUCAAGAUGGUGGCACGCCACAACCUAUACCUUUACAGGAAUUCAGUCCCUUCUUCCCUGCUUACCAGCCUGUUCAAUUUCCUGUUCUGUUUGAUCAGCCUCCUACAAAUUUGCAGCCUGGUUCUUUCUUUUUAUUUUAAAUAAAUUAUAAAAAGUAUUUUUGCACUACACAGUGUACAGCACUAAA